UUACGUUGACACGCUGGUGGCUAGUUCCUGGACUAGGCCUUAGUAGGGGGGAGGGGUCGCGGGCCAGUAACUGCCCCGGGAGCGCGGGCGGGCGGGCGGCGAUGGUGUCCGCCGUGUAGAGGCGCCGGCGGAGCAGCGAGGCCGCCAUGAUCAUAGAGAACGUGGACGCCCUCAAGUCCUGGCUGGCCAAGUUGCUGGAGCCGAUAUGUGAUGCAGACCCUUCGGCCUUGGCUAACUACGUUGUGGCAUUAGUCAAGAAAGACAAACCAGAGAAGGAGCUGAAAGCUUUCUGUGCUGAUCAGCUAGAUGUCUUUCUGCAAAAAGAAACUUCAGGUUUUGUGGAUAAACUCUUUGAAAGCCUGUAUACAAAAAGCUACUUUCCUUCCCCUGAACCAGCAAAAGUAGAACUGAAGCCUGCAGGUCAGGAAAAAGAGGAAAUCAAAGAGGAGACCUUUCAGGAGUCACUUGAAGAAGAGCGAGAGAGCAAGAAGAAGAAGCAUUGUAGCCCGCAGAAAAACCGUUCGGAGUCUAAUGAGCAGAGAACCAGAGAGAAGAAGAGAGAUGAUGGUAAAUGGAGGGAUUAUGACCGAUACUACGAUCGGAAUGACUUAUACAGAGACAAAUAUGAUUGGCGAAGAGGCAGGAGUAAGAGUCGUAGUAAAAGCAGAGGGUUAAGUCGAAGUCGCAGUCGCAGCAGGGGUAGAAGCAAAGACCGAGAGGCAAACCGAACUAUCGCUGAGCACAGAGAGAGAUCCAAAUUCAAGAGUGAAAGGAACGAUGUGGAGAGCUCAUAUAACCCAGUGUCUUUGUCGCCCAGUAACUCUACUGAACAGUAUUCAUCUGCACAGUCUAUUCCCAGUGCUGUUACUGUGAUUGCACCUGCCCACCAUCUUGAAAACACAACAGAGAGCUGGUCAAAUUAUUAUAACAAUCAUAACGCUCCUAAUUCAUUUGGUAGAAACCCUCCACCUAAGAGAAGGUGUCGAGAUUAUGAUGAGCGAGGAUUUUGUGUCCUUGGUGACCUUUGCCAGUUUGAUCAUGGAAAUGACCCUUUGGUAGUAGAUGAAGUUUCAUUGCCAAGCAUGAUUCCUUUUCCACCACCACCCCCAGGACUUCCUCCUCCUGGCAUGCUAAUGCCUCCUAUGCCAGGCCCUGCUCACAAUAUGAGAAUGCCAGUUCCACAAGCACAUCCACAGCCUCCACCUCCUGUUGUGCUCCCUGUACCAAGACCACCUUUAACACAGUCAAGUCUCAUAAAUAAUCGUGACCAGCCCGGGACAAGUACAGUACCCAAUCUGGCACCAGUGGGAGCAAGACUACCUCCUCCUUUACCCCACAACCUACUGUACACAGUAUCUGAACAUACAUAUGAGCCAGAUGGUUAUAACCCAGAAGCUCCUAGUAUUACUGGUGCAGGUAGAUCUCAGUACCGACAGUUCUUUACAAGGACACAGACACAACGUCCAAAUCUGAUUGGCCUAACGUCUGGAGAGAUGGAUACAAAUCCACGAGCUGCUAAUAUCAUCAUCCAGACUGAGCCUCCAAUUCCCAUGAUAAAUAACAGCAAUGUAACAAGAGUGGUGCUUGAACCAGAUAGCAGGAAAAGACCACCAGGUAGCAUGGAAGGGCCAUCUGUAAAGAAACCCUGGAUUGGAAAGCAAACCAAUAACAACCAGAAUAAACCAGGAUUUCUGAAAAAGAAUCAGUAUACAAACACCAAAUUGGAAGUUCGUAAAAUCCCUCCUGAGUUAAAUAAUAUUACACGACUCAAUGAGCACUUCAGUAAAUUUGGAACCAUUGUCAACAUUCAGGUUGCUUUCCAAAAUGAUCCUGAAGCCGCUCUAAUUCAGUACUUAAGCAAUGAUGAGGCCAGAAAGGCCAUUUCUAGCACAGAGGCAGUUUUAAACAAUCGGUUUAUAAGAGUGCUGUGGCAUAGGGAAAAUGAGCAGCAGCCAUCGUUACAGCAGCAGCAGCCACCACAGUCUCUUCAUCACCAGCUUCAUCCUCACCCUCAGAGUUUGACUUCACAGCCUCCAGCUGUGACGGUACAUAGCAAUGUUUCAAAGGUGAUGACUAAACCACUGGCAUCUGGUGCCUAUGUCCUUAAUAAAGUUUCAGUUAAACGUCGCCUUGGAGUAGUUGGUGGAAACCAGACUGACCUGAACCAGUCAAGUUCUAUUGCAGAAGAUUCUCAGACAUUUCCUACUUCUACAAGCCAUACAAAGAUGAUUUAUAGUUCUUCAAAUCUGAAGACCUCUAUGAAACCUGGUGCUGGAUCAAAAUCUCAUGAUGUGCAAGAGGCUCUCAAAAAGAAGCAGGAGGCAAUGAAGUUACAACAAGAUAUGAGGAAAAAGAAGCAGGAGAUGUUGGAGAAGCAAAUAGAAUACCAGAAGAUGUUGAUAUCCAAACUGGAAAAGAACAAAGCUAUGAAACCAGAGGAGAGGGCAGAGAUAAUGAAGACCUUAAAUGAACUAACAGAAAAGAUCUCUCAGUUAAAAGAUGAAUUAAAAACUUCAUCUACUGCCUCCACACCAUCAAAACUAAAGAGCAAAACAGAGGCACAGAAGGAAAUUUUAGAUGCAGAACUAGACUUGCACAAAAGAUUGUCAUCUGGAGAAGACACAACAGAGUUGAGGAAAAAGCUCAAUCAACUCCAGGUUGAAGCUGCCCGUUUAGGUAUCUUGCCUGUAGGUCGAGGAAAAGUGAUGUCUGCUCAGGGUAGAGGAAGAGGACGAGGUCGUGGUGGGAGAGGAAGGGGCAUGUUGAAUCACAUGGUGGUGGAUCACCGUCCCAAAGCACUAACUGUUGGGGGCUUUGUUGAAGAAGAGAAAGAUGAGUUGUUACAACACUUUUCUAAAUUUGGAGAUAUAGAAGACCUCCAAGAAGAGGAGUCUCCUUUAAGUGUUGUUCUAACAUUCAAGUCCCGCUCAGAAGCUGAAAAUGCUGCUAACCAAGGAUCAAAGUUCAAAGACCGAAGGCUACAGAUAUCAUGGCACAAACCCAAGGUACCUUCUGUGUCCACAGAAAUUGAGGAGGAGGAAUCCAAGGAAGAGGAGACCGAAACCUCAGAUUUAUUUUUGCAUGAAGAUGAUGAUGACGACGAUGAAGAUGAAGACGAAUCCCGUUCUUGGAGAAGAUGAAACUUGGUGUUGGAAUUGUAUAUUUUUAGGAAUAUAGUUUAAACUACAACUUUUUAAAAUUUAUUUAAGAAAGUUGAUGAGCCAAAAAAUUUUAUGUUCAUUUCUUUUCAAAAUACAGUAGAUUUAAAGUAAGAGCAAGCUUGCUAUAUAAACGUCAUACUUCGCUGUGAUACUAAGUUAGCCAAAGGCCCAAUGACUUUUUAGAGUUAAAAAGAUCACCAUUGGUGUUUGUCCUCCUUUAAAAACAAUGUUUUCAAUUCUUCUUUUCAAGCCACCUGUAUUACUUAGUUUUUUAUGUGAUUGAUUUAUUAGUAUGUAACUGAAAGGAAGAAUAGGUUUUAUUUAGAAUAUUAUGGGGUCAGAAGAGAGCUAC